AUGAUACUUUCGCGGAGAAGCUAUCUCCUUCCUACUGUGAUUCUCAUCUGUCUCACCUACAGUCUGUUCUCUAGUCUACCGCCCGGCGCCAGGAGACCACAUUCACAUGCUCAUGGCAAUGCGCAACAACCCACCUCGACUUCAGCAUCGUCAGGUGGUGAUCGAAUCCAUUGGACUAAACAAUCCGAACAUCAUCCAAUCGAGGAUUACAUCCCUCUUCCUACAGCAGUACCAUCCGCUAUACCUAAGAUACAGUAUGAGUUCCCAAGAGAGUCGUGGGUUGCUGGAUGGAGGAGGAAAAAGAGACAGAACGCCGUGAAGAAGGCGUUCCAACAUGCGUGGAAAGGAUACAGAGACAAUGCCUGGCUACGGGACGAGCUGUCUCCCCUCAGUGGGCGCCAUCGCGAGACGUUUGCUGGAUGGGCAGCUACGCUGGUUGAUUCCCUUGAUUCUCUGGUCAUCAUGGGCAUGACAAAAGAGUUCGAAGAAGCGCUGGAAGCUCUCGACCGCAUCGAUUUCUCGACCACGCACGCUCUGCAGAUCAAUAUUUUCGAGACCAACAUUCGCUACCUGGGCGGGUUUCUGGGAGCCUAUGAUCUUACCGAUGGAAAAUACCCUAUCUUGCUCAGGAAGGCCACCGAGAUUGCGGACAUGAUAUAUGGAUCGUUCGACACCCGUAACAGGAUGCCGCAAUCCAGAUGGGAAUGGACCAGAUCUGCAGGAGGUCACGGCAUUAUGCCCAGUAAACAAACUAUUCUUGCUGAACUCGGAUCGCUCAGUCUGGAAUUCACCCGAAUGUCUCAGCUGACCAAGGAUCCUAAGUACUUCGACGCCAUUCAAAGGAUUACAGACUUCUUUGAAGAGAAUCAGGGACUUACGAAACUGCCAGGCUUGUGGCCUAUGAUGGUGAAUGCACAAGAUAUGGAAUUCAGUGACCCUCGAUUUACAAUCGGAGGGAUGGCUGAUUCGACGUACGAGUAUCUCCCCAAGGAGCAUAUGCUGCUUGGAGCUCAAACAAAUCAAUAUCGCGGAAUGUACGACUCGUUCAUGAAAGCUCUCAAGAGCCGUCUCCUCUUCCGCCCAAUGACAAAGGACAAUCAAGACAUUCUUUUCGCUGGGAACAUCCAGGCCAAUGUGAUCUCCCCCAGCAGGGAAAGGCUGGAUCCACAAUGGGAACAUCUGAAGUGCUUCUUGGGUGGCACUGUCGGCAUUGGGGCCAAAGUAUUCGACCGUCCCGAAGAACUUUCUAUCGCGCGGAAGUUGGCCGAUGGAUGCAUCUGGGCAUACGAUAUCAUGCCCACUGGUAUCAUGCCAGAGAUACUCCAUCUGAGCGCAUGUCGUGACCCGAAUGAUUGCAAGUGGGACGAAAACAAGUGGUAUCAGGAUGUGCGACGCCGCUUGGCGAAGAAGUCCAGCUCUCAAAAUUCCAUCGAGCAGGCCGAAUCACUCAUUGAAACAUACGGGCUGCCGCCGGGGGUGGUUGAUAUUCCAGACCCGAAGUAUCACCUCAGACCAGAGGCCAUCGAAUCUGUAUUUAUACUGUACCGUAUCACCGGCGAUACGAAAUUACAAAAUGCUGCAUGGCGAAUGUUUAAGAAUAUCGAGAAGAUGACUUGGACGCACUUUGCCCACGCUGCAAUCGCCGAUGUGCGCGAUCCUGAGUCACCACAGCUGGAUUACAUGGAGAGCUUCUGGCUAGCGGAAACCCUGAAGUACUUUUACCUCAUCUUCUCCGAGCCGGAUGUUGUAAAUCUGGAUGAAUACGUCCUGUAG